GCAAAGUCCAGCGGCACACGGGCCGUGCGGCCGCGGCACCAUGAUCCCCUGGCUGCUGGCGGCGCUGAGCCUCUGCACGCCCGGCACAGGCCUCCCCCCGCGCCACAUGGACUCGGUGAUCCACAUGGUGGAAGCCCUGGAGUCACCCCACGCCAACGUCACCGUCACCAUGGCGGAGCUGGCGUUGGCGCUGGGUGGCUGCAGCACCCCGGGGUGCCGCGCGGUGCUUGGAGAACCCCCCAACGUCACCACGGCCCCGCCGGCGCUCAACCCGGACCAAUGGCAGCUCCUCACGCAGCUCCUCCACCGCGACGCCGCGGUGCUGGCGCCCGACGGCUCCACCGUGGCGCUGGGCCCCCUCCUGGCCGGCAUCGCCGUGGGGUUGAGGCGGGCGGGCGAGGGGCCCAUCCUCGACGCCCCCGUCGAUCCGCUCUUCGCCGUCACCAUCGCCGAGGCCUUGGGGACGUCGUUCCUCUUGGCGCGCCGCGGCCACGGCGCCACGUUGGGCCCCGGGGGCUGCUGGGACGACGUGGACCACCCCCAAAAUUACACCCUGAUGGGACCCCCGUCGCUUGUCCCCGAUGCCGUGGCCAACGGGGCGAUGGACGGGGUGCUGCUGGGCAACCGCUUGGCCGGGGAUCCUAUCUGGCUCGCCAAGCUUCUCCGUGACUACUACGGGACAGGUAACGGCACAGAGGAGGGGAGACCGCCCAGCAGCUACCGGCGGCGGGAUUUUGGGGUGCUGGCGGGGGCGGGGAAGCUGGAGAAGGAGGUGCUGGCCAUGCUGAGGGUGCUGCGGGUGCUGCCGCCCACCCGGGAGCUGCUGGAGGACGUGGGUGCCGAGGAGGAGGUCGCCAUCGCUCAGCGCGCAUCGCGGGAGUUCACCGAGCGCUACGUGGAGUGCCCGGCCAUCGUCCCCCGCUGCAUGUGGGGCGCCCGCCCCUACCGGGGCACCCCCAAACCCUUGUCCCUCCCCUUGGGCUCCGUCUACAUCCACCACACCUUCUCCCCCGGCACACCGUGCCGCAGCUUCGCCGCCUGCGCCGGCGCCAUGCGCGCCAUGCAACGCUUCCACCAGGACACGCGCGGCUGGGACGACAUCGGCUACAGCUUCGUGGUGGGCUCGGACGGCUACGUGUACCAAGGGCGCGGGUGGCACUGGGUGGGCGCCCACACCAAAGGCUACAACAGCCGCGGUUACGGCGUGGGCUACGUCGGGGAUUUCUCGGCCACCUUGCCGGACGUCGACACCAUCGCGCUGGUGAGGGACGAGCUCCUGCCCUGCGCCGUGCGCACCGGUCGCCUCCGCCAUAACUACACCGUGCGUGGCCACCGGCAGAUGGGUCACACCGAUUGUCCCGGAGAGUCGCUCUUCCGUGAGAUCGAGACCUGGCGCGGCUUCGUGUGAGGAUCGGCCCCACGGGUGCUGGGCUGGAUGGGUGCUGGUGAUGUGGGUGAUGGUUGACAUGGCAGCGAUGGAUGGCAACCUGGGGGGACUCUGGGUCCCGUGGGUGCCAGAUGGACCUGGUUCUGAUGGACCCAGUCCCAUGGGUGCCAGAUGGACCUGGUUCUGAUGGACCCAGUCUCAUGGGUGCCAGAUGGACCCAGGUCCCGAUGGACCCAGUCCCAUGGGUGCCAGAUGGACCCUGGUCAGAUAGACACCAGUCCCAUGGGUGCCAGAAGGACACUGGUCCCAUGGGUGCCAGAUGGACCAGGGCCAGAUGGACCCAGUCCCAUGGGUGCCAAAUGGACCCUGGUCGGAUGGACACCAGUCCCAUGGGUGCCAGAAGGACACUGGUCCCAUGGGUGCCAGAUGGACCAGGGCCAGAUGGACCCAGUCCCAUGGGUGCCAAAUGGACCCUGGUCGGAUGGACACCAGUCCCAUGGGUGCCAGAAGGACACUGGUCCCAUGGGUGCCAGGUGGACCCAGGUCCUGAUGGACCCAGUCCCAUGGGUGCCAGAUGGACCCUGGUCAGAUGGACACCAGUCCCAUGGGUGCCAGAUGGACACUGGUCCCAUGGGUGCCAGAUGGACCAGGGCCAGAUGGACCCAGUCCCAUGGGUGCCAAAUGGACCCUGGUCGAAUGGACACCAGUCCCAUGGGUGCCAGAAAGACACUGGUCCCAUGGGUGCCAGAUGGACCAGGGCCAGAUGGACACCAGUCCUAUGGGUGCCAGAUAGACCUGGUUCUGAUGGACCCAGUCUCAUGGGUGCCAGAGAGACACUGGUCCCACAGGUGCCACAUGGACCUGGUUCUGAUACACCUGGUCCCAUGGGUGCCAGGUGGACACCAGUCCCAUGGGUGCCAGAUGGACCCUGGUCCCAUGGGUGCCAGAAGGACCCAGGUCAGAUGGACACCAGUCCCAUGGGUGCCAGAAGGACACUGGUCCCAUGGGUGCCAGGUGGACCAGGGUCAGGUGGACACGAGACCCAUGGGUACCAGAUGAACCCUGGUCCCAUGGGUGCCAGAUAGACCCUGGUCCAGAUGGACCCAGUCCCAUGGGUGCCAGAUGGACCCCGGUCCCAUGGGUGCCACCAGCCCAACCCAGUCGCCACAAACCACCCAAGAUUCCACCCCAAUAAAGUCAGUGCCAGGA